AUGGCCGACGGUUUAAACACCGACACCGAUCCAAUCGAUCGCUCCCGUGACGUAGGCGGCGCGUCACUCGGCGCCCGUUAUGAAAAUAUUUGUGGCGCGAUCAUCUCCCACCCGCGGCCGUUUGUUUGUCCAAACGCCCGCGAGCGCUGUUUUGAUAAUGGUAAACAGCCGCGUACGUCUCGGCCUCCACGUCCGAGGUAUUUCAGAAACGUGGCCCGCGAGCGUAUCUCGAGGAGCGCAGCCGACUCCGCAAACACUGACCGUAGAUUAGAUAAGGGCGGAUGUUCUCGGGAGAUGUGGCGCGCGUUUGCUCAGAGCUACCGGCUGAUAAACACGGUUUCUUCCACCGUACCGGAGGACGUUAAACAAAGUCUGCCUAGUAAGUAUGUUAAUGAACAGAAAUGCGAACUGGUCGAGCAAAAAUGCCGAGGCGAGUGUCACACGCAGCCGCGGCGUUGGCCAAUUAAAAAGAUGUUAGCGAGCGACGUCCUCCGUCAAAAAUAUCAAAGCGCGUCCGCCUGUGGAGCCUCGCGGGCGCAGUGGAGCCGCGCUGAUGUAAUAAUUAGUUUUCACGAGCAGACGCCGUCGGUGCGGUCGCAAAUAAUGGCGGAUGGCCGGCGGCCACCGGAGUCUUGGCGGCGCCCCGAGAUUUAUCGGUUAUUAAGGCGCGCCGUCGUUCCCGCGCAGGCCUCCGCCCCGCAGGUGUGGCGUCUCGCGAAGUCGUACGAUAAUGAAGCGAUCGCCGCGCGGCCCCUGUCGCGAACAAUGGCCGCGCUAAUUGUGCCAUUUGUGCGUCCGAAUAGAGAAUCCCGCGUUCGGCGGGUGCGGCGUUUCAUUGCGGCCGAGUUU